AUGCAUUCCUUCACCUUCGCUACCUUCCUCCUGGCCGGCGCUGCCACUCUCUCCAACGCCGCCCCUAUCAACCCCAACGGCGUGGCCGCUCGCGACCCGGUCAACUCGAGUCACAUCCUCUCUUUCCUCUCCGGCGAGGGCAACGGCGACGAGAAGGGCGACAUUGGCAAGGCUGCCGUCACCUCGGUGAAGGUCAGCAAGCGCGAGGCCGACCCCAUCAACUCGAGCCACAUCCUGUCCUUCCUCUCCAGCGAGGGCAAUGGCGACGAAAAGGGCGACAUCAGCAAGGCUGCCGUGACGUCGGUGAAGGUUGGAAAGCGUGAUGCCGAGGCCGACCCCGUCAACUCUGGCCACAUCCUGGACUUCCUCUCCGCCGAGGGCAACGGUGACGAGAAGGGCGACAUUAGCAAGGCCGCGGUUACCUCGGUGAAGGUCAGCAAGCGCGAGCCCGUCAACUCUGGCCACAUUCUGUCCUUCCUUUCCAGCGAGGGCAACGGUGAUGAGAAGCCCGGCAGCGGCGGCCUUGUGGAUGCUAAUGUGAAGGUUGGCAAGCGUGAGCCCGUCAACUCUGGUCACAUCCUCUCUUUCCUCUCCAGCGAGGGCAACGGUGACGAGAAGGCCGGCAACCUGGUCGAUGCGAACGUGAAGGUUGGCAAGAACUAA